AAACUUCCUGCACGGUUCCAGCUCAGCGCCCAAGAGCACCCUUUAUCCCACCUCCGUCCUUGCACCCUGUCCUGUCAGCUGAGCUCAGAGUGGAGCAGGCACACAGCACCACCCCUCACACCACCACCGAGGCGUACAUAACCUACUGUCCCCGUGGGAGCAGCACGUUCCUCGCGACAGCCAUGUGGUGAAAGAGAGGCAGGUGGACGGCCAGAGAAGUGCGCAGAGCUAGAGCCAGGCAGAGACACAGGGGACAGAGCAGAGGCCCUGGAGCAAGAGUGCGACAGCUGAGACGCAAGGCACAAGACAUGGAGCCGGCGACAUGCUGCUCAGGAAACAGGCUGGCAUGCACGCUCUGGGCGGCCAUCAGCCGGGCGCUGUUUGCUGAGUUCCUGGCCACGGGGCUGUAUGUGUUCUUUGGCGUGGGCUCGGCCAUGAAAUGGCCCUCGGCACUCCCCUCUGUACUGCAGACUGCCAUCACCUUCAACAUGGCCACGGCCAUGGUCGUGCAGAUCUCGUGGAAGGCCAGCGGGGCCCACCUCAACCCCGCCGUGACGCUGGCCUUCCUCGUGGGCUCACACAUCUCUCUGCCCCGAGCUGUGGCCUACGUGGUGGCUCAGCUGGCGGGGGCCACUGCGGGAGCCGCUCUGCUUUACGGGGUCACUCCAGGAGACAUCCGAGAGACCCUCGCCAUCAACAUGGUGCGGAAUGACGCCUCCACCGGGCAGGCGGUGGCGGUGGAGCUGGUUCUGACCCUGCAGCUGGUGCUCUGCGUCUUCGCCUCCACCGACAGCCGCCAGGCCUCGGGUUCCCCGGCUGCCAUAAUUGGGGCCUCUGUGGCAGUGGGCCACCUCAUUGGGCUCUACUUCACCGGCUGCUCCAUGAACCCGGCCCGCUCCUUCGGUCCUGCCGUCGUCGUCGGAAAGUUCACCGUGCACUGGAUCUUCUGGGUGGGACCCCUGACGGGCGCUGUUCUGGCUUCGUUCAUCUACAACUUUAUCCUGUUCCCUGAUACCAAGACCCUGGCCGAGCGCCUGACCAUCUUCAUGGGCACACGAGAAACAGCAGCCCGGGCCAGUUCAAGGGACACGGAGCUGAGUGUGUGCGACACGGCCUAGCCCUCGGCCUUUGGGCUUCCAAGGGGGUGCCGUGCACGACCUGGCUGGAGCUGGCCCUGGAGAGGGGGGUUUGAGGAGGGGGACAUGGGAGGAGGCGUGGGCCUUUGUCCUAGCAGGGUGGGAGGGGAAGGAAGCGCUCACCCUUACCCCAAGAGAGCAGGGGGGCAGUCCAUAGGGAGGCAGGGGGACUCCGUGAGCCAUCCCCUCUUCUCUACGCAGCUAGACCCUGGCAGAGUCGGGGGGCCCUCCAGAUCCCCAAGGCCUGAGGGAAAAGGAAUUGGGGCCAGGGGAACCACUCUGAUUAGAGUCUGAACAGAGGCCCUUAAGAAGCCCAGCUUGGGGCUGGCACUGUGGCAUAGCAGAUAAAGCCACUGCCUGCGGCGCUGGCAUCCCAUAUGGGUGCCGGUUUGAGUCCUGGCUGCUCCACUUCUGAUCCAGCUCUCUGCUAUGGCCUGGGGAAGCAGUGGAAGAUGGCCUAAGUGCUUGGGCCCCUGCACCCACAUAAGAAGACCCAGAAGAAGCUCCUGGUUCCUGGCUUCGGAUCAGCACAGCUCCAGCUGUUGCAACCAACUGGGGAGUGAACCAGUGGAUGGAAGACCUCUUUCUCUCUCUCCCUCUCCCUCUCUCUCUCUCUCUCUCUCUCUCUCUCUCUCUCUCUCUCUCUGCAACUCUGCCUUUCAAAUAAAAUAAAUAAAUCUUGGAAAAAAAAAAAAAAGAAGCCCAGCUCUCAGCCAUAUGGGGAACCCUUGAGGGAGGGGCGGGCUUCCCGCCCACCGCCCGGACUCCACCUCCCCCAUCCCCGCUGGCCUCAGCUGCUCGGGGCUUCCUGAGUACAGAGAUUACAGUUCCAGAAGCUCCUCCUCACCCCUCCAAAUGCCCAGGAGGUCCCACCCUGCAGGAUCCAGGACAGUGGUCUCACCCCAGUGCCUGCCCCGCCCUCCACCCCACUACCCUUCUGGAGAGGCGAGGCCCCCUUCCACUCCAACCCCCAGAUCAGGACUCAGGCCCAAGAAGGAAGGAGCUGUUUCCAGCCCUGUUCUCAUCACUACCAGGAGCCCUGUAAAGCUUAACCACGGGGGCGACACAGAAACCAAGACCCCAGACGCACUUCCUCGAGCGCAGGAUGCGGAAUUGCACCGUUAAGGCUUAAAGGCUGCUGUGGAUCUACCCCACCCUGGGGCUGGGGUCCCAUCUGGAUCUCGCUUCCCCAGCUGUAAAAUGGACACAAUCCUCCCCCUAGGAAUUGCUGUGGAAACAAACAAGAGAUUAGAAAAAAAUGCUUUUGGAAGUGAAAAUGGUAGAAUAACA